AUGUUUAACAACCUAGUCAACCUGGUCGCAGGUGGAAGGGCCACCGACGAAAGCAUCAGCGACCGAGGCACACAUACGUUACACACCCGGAGAUCUGACACAAAGGCGGCAGUGCCGAAUGCCGCAACGCAGUCUGGUGCCCAAAAUAACGACCACAGCGCCGAUAAAGUACACGAUGAGGAGUACAUGGCCAAGGUGGAGGAGCGCGUAUCAAGCUACCUGGAGCGGAUGCAGACGGAUCACGCGAACGGCACAUUCAAUCGCAUACAGCGGAAGGAUGGUGGGUCGAAGGUCACGUCCUGGCAGCACCUGCACAAGACAACGGCGCAUAACACGCAUGUCUACUUCGGCGGUGCGCCGCUCGGGCACAGCAUAGAGGUGGUGACGCUGAAGCGAAACGAGAUACGUGCACGAAAGGAGAUGGCGAAGCUGGAGGAGGAGCUUCGGAAAUCCACGGAGAGGAUAGAAGAGCUCACCGACAGACACAGCAGCGACUUCCACAAAUACGAGCUCGCCCUCGGGAAGGCGCUUGCUUUGGGACGCGGGUGCACGCUUAUCGCCGAUCUCAUCAGCCAACACGUGCUCAACAGCAAGAGGCAAUUCUUCAGCGCCCUGCGACAAAGCCGCAGCAUGCUGCUGCAGAAGAGGCUCGACGAGCAGGCAAAGGCGUCCCGGAAGCAACACAAGCUCGCCACGUUGGUCCUAGUUAGACACAUCACGAAGAUGCUGGGGCCGUCAAUAAAGGCGGUGCUCCGCAUCAUGCGCUGCGAGUGGUCGGACAGGAUGCAUACCGGGCGCAGCGCGGUCGCUGGCCUGAUGAAAUCGCAAAAGUACAUCGUGCCCCAGCCCGUCAACGCCAUGGCCAAAAAGGGUGCGCAAAUCAAGCAACUGAAGAAUUUCGACAACCCGGAUGAACGCACAUUCGCCUCCGUCGAGCAGUCCCUGCUCACGCGGCUGGAAAACCUGGUCGCCGAGGAAAUGCAUAUGCUGACAACUGCCAGGGUCGUGCACACCUAG